AUGUCCACCCGAAAGAGGUCAUUUUGGAAGGUCAUUUUUUUGUUUGUUGUUGCGACUCUCUUCCUUAAAAGCUUUCCUCGGCUAGGAUCGGUCCCUCAGGUGGAGUUUCUGUUCACUCAAACUGUUCCAUAUAAAGUUUUCUUCGAUGGAAUGGAAAACUACGCCAUCGAUGCCAAAAGCUUGAAAGACAAUUACAAGGUUGACAAAGCUGAUUCUCUCGGAAUAGAUCAAACUACCAAGUUGCUCACUAAAGACUACUUGAAAGAAAUCCUAAACAUCGAUCCUCAGACGCUCAAGAAACUUAAGAAGUCACACCAUGGCUACGUGAAUGUACAUAUGGAGCACUUGAUAAAAGAUGUGAAGAUCGACACUUUUGGGAAACAGCGCAAAACACACCCAUCCUGGAGGGACUACAGCAAGUCUAAAGGUUAUGUGAUCAUCGGAGGAGGUCCAUACUCGUGGCUCUCAUAUUUGGUGGUUAAGCAAAUCAGAGCUACUGGCAGCAUCUUGCCCAUCGAAGUGUUCAUCCCAUCUCAGAAAGAAUAUGAGCCUGAGUACUGUGAAGAGAUUUUGCCUCGUUAUAAUGCUCGAUGUAUCGUGUUAGAUCCAGAAAUCGGUGCCCUGGUACUGAAAGUGGUGAAAAUCGGAGGUUACCAGUUCAAGAUGUUAGCCAUCUUACAGUCCAGCUUCGAGAACGUCAUGUACAUGGACUCGGACUUGUUUCCUGUUAAAAAUCCCGAGCAUUUGUUUACCUCUCAGUUGUUUGAAGAGAAAGGCUUGUUCUUGUGGCCCGACGCAUGGGCCAGAACUACCAACCCGUACUUCCACGAUAUUGCUGAACACCCUGUGAUUGAAAAGAAAGUUAGAUAUUCUGAUAUUGAUAGAAAACUCGCAAAUGACCAGUCUCUGUUGCCUGAGUUGCUGCUGUACACGUUCCAGAACUCCAACUUCCAUGAUUUCGAAGGAUCUUUACCAGACCCCACUUCUGAAGCUGGCAUCUUAGUGGUCAACAAAACCUCGCAUAAGCGCACGUUGUUAUUGGCCCUCUACUACAAUUUAUUCGGACCAAAAUUCUACUAUCCACUCUUGACUCAAGGCAGUGCUGGAGAAGGAGACAAGGAGACGUUCAUUGCUGCAGCCACCGUCAUGAAUGAGACAUACUUCCACACACCAAAGCUCUUCAAAUGGAUAGGCUACGAAAGUGUGGAUGAAGGAAAGUUCGUAUCAAAGUCUUUAGGUCACUAUGACCCGCUCACUGCCAAACCAGAAGAAGAGUCGUCACUUUUAUUUAUGCACUGCUCAUACCCUAAGUACUACACUGACUGGUUUUACAGCAACCACGAUCUCGUUUACAAGGAUGAGAAGACUCAUAUUCGUAUGUACGAGAGCGUUUACGAGAAUGUUGGCUACGAUGUUGAUUUGAGAUUGCUACUGGCAUUUGUCAUUGGAGUGUGCAAGAACCUCAACAAAGACAAGGAAAACGACCAGUGGGCUGGCAACUUUUUGUCAUAUAUUGGUAAGGACGUAGAGGUGAACAACAAGAGGUGUGAGGAGGUAUACAUUCCACAUCUUGAAUGGUUGAAGGAGACAACCAAGUACAAAAACACGCUCCUUUACUAG